UAACAAUAUCAGUCAGCAACAUGCACUCGUCGGAGUAGAAAGUCUUCCGGGAAAAAUUUCAUUCUUCCCGAUCGAUUAACCCGCAAGGGAAACUUUCGGUUCGCAAAAACAAAAAAAGAAAAGUGUCAAGAAAAGCUGGGAAAAAUCCUGCAUGGAAAAAGUGGUUUUGAACUCGGCCAACAAACUUCAUUUCGAUUCGAGAAUUUCCAUCGCCUGCUUGAUAGCCAGUUAACAAACAAUAGAAAAAAAAAAUAGAAAGACCUGAAAAGAGUUUCCGCAAGAAUGUCUUCGGAUCGGUUUCACAAAGCCGCCAAAGACGGGCUACUGGAUGUGCUGGCUUCGGCCACUCGCAAGGACACAAAUGCCAAGGAUAAUGAUUCGAUGACGCCGGUCAUGUGGGCAGCCUUCGAAGGACGACUGGAUGCCUUGCGUUUGCUCUGCGGAAGGGGGGGUGACCCUGAUAAAUGCGAUCAGUUUGGAAACACAGCCCUCCACCUGGCCUCGGCCAAGGGUCAUUUGCACUGUGUCGACUUUCUGGUCAAGUUCGGGGUGAACAUAUAUGCCCUGGACAUUGACAAGCACAGUGCCAAGGACCUGGCAGCCAUCAACGGAAGGGAUGAGAUCCUGCGCUAUUUGGAUGUGGCCACAGCCAAUUUCGAGGCCAAUGAAAAGAAAAAGGCGAAAUCCCUAAAAGAACUGGCGGAGAAAAACUGCGAGAAACGCGUCCGUGAAUACAUGAAGAGGACCCAGCAGCAGCACCCUGAUCCGGACUAUUGUGAUGUCAGUCCACCGAUUAGCAAAUCCGGAAACAUGCUCUCCACCCUCAAGCAGAAGAUCUGGUCCAGCCAGGGCAAUCUCAACAAGGCGCCCAAGGAGACACCUCCUCCGCCGGCACCCACGAAAUUUAGUGACCUGGUGGGCAGUGGAAGCAGCAGCAGUGGCGGCUCCACCAUCGCCAGUCGAGCAGGAACGGUCCAAAAGCGGCCAUCCCAUCUCCAAAAGCAACAACAGCACACCAGCUCGUGCCCCCAUGCAAAGAUGUCUGGAGGAGAUCAAGACCAGGGAGGAUUCAAAGUGCGAGAGGUGGAGCCGGACGGCAAGAGGACAAUCACUUCCUUGACCGGACUCCAGCGCGAUUCGGAGGUCCUGUACGUGGGCACUUUCAGCUCUAACGAGGAGAACAUCGGAAAGCGGGGCAAGAUCACGGAUGUAUUUGAAUGCCUGGAGGGAGAACAGGAUCAGGAUCAUAGCGACAGCCGGAGUGGCUAUAGCUCGACAUUGGCAAGGUCCUUCUCGCAGCCCGACAUCCUGGGCGAUGGCCAGUUGAGCCAGGAACUGAGCGAGGAACUAACUCUCCAGCGACCCCUCGGCCUCUUUGAUCGACCCACCAUGUUGGGCAGCAUUGCCUUCCGACGCUCGGUGACCGCCGCUCUCAGCCAGCUGCAGCUCCACACGGACACCAGCUCCACCUCCACGAUGCGGAACUCCGGCCCAGCUGGCAGUAAUCCUUCCAAGACGCGCUCCGCUGGCAGCAAAAACCGCCUGUACCUGAACCUUUCCGAUGACACAGAUUCCGAGGGCGGUGGCCAUGACAUUUACAGUGACGAGGAUGAGGACGAUGGCGAGGAUGCAGCCAGUGCCCUGCAACGAUUCCUGGCUGUUUGGGCUCUGGAGGAGUACUUGCCAGUAUUCCAAAAGCAAGAGAUCGAUCUGGAAACCCUGAUGUUGCUCACCGAGGCGGACCUCAAGUCUCUGGGCCUGCCACUGGGUCCCUUCCGGAAGCUAACCUUCGCCAUUCAGGAGCGCCGCAACGCCCUGGCCAACCCAGGCCCUCUCGUGGACAGCCGCCUCUGA